AUGUCUAAUUAUAUUCUGGGUGCUGCACCUUUUCCCAAUCCAAAACCAGUCCCGCAUCAACCACCAGCCAAGGAGAAAGUACAUGAGCAUCAGGCAACGAAUAAAACAGUCCCUCAGGCCUCUGUCACCUUUGUUUACCAAACCAUUAUAGCAGAAUUGUGGCGGAAUGUAACAGUGACAUGGUGCAAGAACCUGAUCCACCAUUCCCUUAGCAUCACGGUGGAAACUCCUCAUAAUCAAGAUCAAUAUACUUGCAAAAUUGAUUUGAGGACUUGGCAGUUUUGGGGUAGAAAAGGUCUCAAAUCUUUUGAAUUAGACAAGAAACGAGUGGAUAUUUUCUGGGAUUUUAGACAGACAAAAUUUUCUGGCAACCCGGAUCCCUGGUCUAAUUAUUAUGUUGCCAUGGUUUGUGGUCAAGAGGUGGUGUUAUUGCUAGGGGAUUUAAAGAAAGAGGCUUAUAAAAGAACGAGGUCAAGACCAACCUUAGAAGACGCUAUCUUGUUGUACAAGAAAGAGAUUGUGUAUGGAAAAAGAUUGUUUUGUACAAGAUCCAUGUUAGUUGAUGGUAAAAGAGAACAUGACAUUGUCAUUGACACUUCUCUAUCCGGGCCUGGUGAUCCUGAAAUGUCAAUUAGAAUCGACGGGGAAAUGAUGAUUCGCAUUAUGAAUUUGAAUUGGAGAUUUAGAGGUAAUGAGACCGUGAUGCUGAACAAUUUGCCAGUACAACUUCUAUGGGAUGUGCAUGAUUGGUUGCACACUAUCCACGGGUCAGGCCCUGGCUUGUUCAUAUUCAAGCCAGGCACACUAGAAUGUGAAGCAACUAGUGAUCCUAAUGGCACACUAGAAUGUGAAGCAGAUGGUGAUCCUAAUGGUAGUAACAGCAGCAAUGGAAAUGAUAGUGACAGCAUAAUCGACUCAGUAGCCUCAGCACCUGCAAGCCCUUCAUCAGAAACAACUUUUUGCCAUUUUUUAUAUGCUUGGAGAACUGAGUAA